AUGCAAGCCGAAAUGAUGGAUCUUAAAUCGAGUCACAACGAUUGCGGCGUCAAUAUGGAUUACAUACUGAAAUUUGAUCACGACGAUUUCGCGUUCAAACUAGCAAAAAUUUUCAGCAGUGACAGCCUGACAGAGACCGACAUAUCAGAACGGAAGGAGCACAUUAUCACACUUACAGAACUUUGCCGGAUUUCCGGUAAAAGUUAUAAAACGGCCACAAAAAUCAUAAAUAAGCUCAAGGUGUUACUCAAUUCAAGACAUCGAUUUGAAUGGCUGGUCGAUGAAUUGAAAUAUAUCAGCAGCAACAACAACGUCAUCAGCAACAACAUCAACGGCAGUCAAAAUGGCAUCAACCACGACAAUGACGUCACUAGUUAUUUAGAAUCUUUGCUCUGCCUGGUUAACGCGUUGAUUGACAAAUGUCCCAAUCCCAUGGAAAGAAUCAUUGUCAGAAAUGAGUUCAUCGGUUCAUUAAGGGACCGCAUCACUUUGACAAAUGGUGCUAAACUCAGGAACCUCGACAACAUCGAGCCAAUUUAUUUGGCAGCCAGCGUUAAAAUUAUAACAUAA